AUGCGAGACGAUAUCGAUAGGAUGAAGGAACGUGCACAGAACAACAACGUCUUUUUGUACAUCAAAAUACCUGAAGUGCCGUUCAUUGUAUCGUAUAAGGGAUUUAAAGACAAGAACAUCGAGGACGUCGAUCGUUUUCAACUGGUGUUCCCGUUGUGUGAAUAUCACGACAAGAAUUGGACGUGGCUCGAUUUAGCGUUGGCCAUCAAACAGAGGUGCAGACGGGUACUAAUUCAGCAAGUACGUGUUUUGAAUGGGGUCUUUGAUAGUGGUAAUGAUGAUGGCAAUAAUAUAAAUACGGUGAUAACACUGUGA